AUGCAGAGCCUCGUCGCGCUGCUCGGGUUCGCAUUGACUUUGUCUACUUUUCUCUACAUGAAACAGGAGCCGGAUCCCCCCGCGCGCGUGGCUGAACUCAUCAGUGGCACGUCGUCAAGAGACGGAUCUGUCUGUGACGUCGCUAACCUCGAUACAUUGCGCCACGCAGCAAUCGUCUACACGUGGGUGAACGGCACAGAGACGUGCUACAACAAACGCCGCGAGCGUGCAGGACUGCCAAGUGGUGGCUCUUCCCGUGACAAGGAGAUGGGCGAGCUCAAGUACUCGCUGCGGUCGCUGCUCAAGUUUGCGCCGUGGCUCGAGGGACCCAUUUACAUUGUCACGCCGGGCCAGAUCCCGGACUGGCUGGACCUGUCGAACCCGCGCGUGCGUGUCGUGGACCAGGACGACCUUUUGCCUAGGGACAAGACGACGCUGCCGACGUUCGAUACGAACGUGAUUGAGCAGUAUCUGUACAAGAUCCCGGGCCUCACGGACGUGUUUAUUCACAUGAACGAUGACUAUUUAUUCAUCAAGCCAGUGACGCCCGACCGUCUGUUCACGUGUGAAGGUGGACUGCGUCUAUUGACGGAGAUUAACCACAUUCGUCACGUUGCGGCACAAAACUCGAAUUUGUGGCUCGCAAGUGUGCGCAACACGGUGAUGCUCACGGACAAGGCGUACGGUGGAAAACACGUGUUUAACUUUUUGAAACACGCGCCGUUUGUCUACAGUCGCCUCGCGUUCGAGGAGAUCCAUAAGAAGUUUGGCGAGAAACUUGAUGCCAUGCUGUCGCAUCAGACGCGGCACGCAAAGGACCUGAAUAUGCCACUGCUGCACCAUAUCUACAUGCUGGAAGAGGGGUCAAAGCUGCUCGGCAUUCCAGUGGAACUGAAUCCUCUGAGUGAGUGCGACGACUGGCUUCUGGUGCGUGUGAAAGACAAGCAGGAAGCGGCGCUCAAUGCGCGGUUCAAGCAGGCGCUCAACAACGAGGGGCCCGAGAUCAUGCUGGCACUGAACGACGAGUACAAGGACAAGGAGACGGCGGAACUCGUUGGUCGGUUUUACGCCCAGCUGCUGCCGGAGAAAGCUUUCUUUGAACUGCCUGAAGGCGAGCACGUGAGCAUAGUGAGCAACUGGCACGGCGACGACUGCGUGUACGACCGUGAUGUUAUCCCACUGCCUGAGCCCGGCUUUAUGUCGCUGCAAGCAGAGGAAGAUGCUGGCGGUCAUUGGGCUCCGACACUCACUCGGAUCCGAUCGCCUUACGCGCGCGCCUUUGAAGACAUGACGCCAUCGUUUGGGUGGAAUUUGGCCUCGAGCGUCGGCUACAUUAUCGGCCUGGUCGUCGCGGCCGUGAUCUCCGUUUACAUCUCCCGCUUUUCAAGCAAGCGUACUCCAGGGUCAAACGCCACGAAGCAAACAUAA